AUGGAUGACGUAGCGGUAAAAGAACUGUUCAUACUGGUAUGUAAUCUAUAUGGUGGCAACGUGAAAUUAUCGGUGCUUGAGGCAGCACUUGGCAGUCAGAAAUGCAGGGAAUAUUUUCGCGGGUCUAAACCGGAAAUUUUCUUCACUCGCCAUGCUAAACUAUUUAGUAUUCAGAGAAUGGGUAAUGACUGGAUGGUGACCACAAAGUAUGACCUUGGUUAUUGCAGUGCUUACCACAGCAAAGAGGGGUGUAAACUAUCCAGCUGUACGCGCGUUCAUACCUGCCGUUAUUUUCUGUUGGGGACGUGUCAUCAUGCCCAAAAGUGCCAAAAGUCGCACACUUUUACCGAUUCACACAAUUUUAGCUUACUACAAGAACAUGGCGUAUCACGGUGGGGAAAAGACGAGCUGCUUAAACUGAUCAACCUGAGCAACCCGGUCGAGUUUAUCCCGUCAAUAUGCUUCUACUACAACCGCGACUCUGGGCCAGGCUGUACUAAGGGCGACCAAUGCUUUUCCAUACAUCUGUGUGCUGACUUCGUUGCUGGCGUCUGUAAACGAGGAAACAGCUGCACACACACACAUAAUUUACGCUCUGAGCAUUCGGCUUCAAUUCUUCGUAACUAUAAUAUCGAUAUAAGCAAAUCAAAUAAAGAAAUUCUGGGUAUUUUACGUAGAGGACUUUCAGCGUCUAGUUCCCGUAAAAAACGCGGAAGUGUUCCUGACACGUCGAAUCCCGGCGCAGUAACGGACGAGUCGACGUUGGUGGACGAGUUGGCUUUAUUGAUUCGUAAUUCCCAUAGAGGCAGCGUACUUAUACCCGAACUGAUUCGGUCAAUUAGUGGUCAGAAAUUCUCGCAGUACUUUGGAAGUUCCAAACCUGAAAUUUUCUUCUCAGGGCAUACAGAUGUGUUCAACAUACAGAGAGAGGGUGGAAGUUUUCGUGUUACUAUUAAGCAGUCUCGAUCCCAAACGUAUAAUCGUGUUCCUGCUCCACUAAAACCAAAUUAUAAUCAUUCUGAUAAUGGUAAUGCUGCCACUCCAAAUCCACGAAAACCAAAUAAGUUACUAUUUUGUUCUGACUAUGUGUCUAAAAAAGGAUGCAAACCAGCAUGCCGGAAAAUGCAUAUGUGUAGAUACUACAUAAUGGGGACUUGUCGUUUUGAUGCAUGUAGUCACUCGCAUGCUUUAUACGAUCCACACAAUAGUAGCGUUUUACAACAAAAUGGUGUAAAAUCUUGGAACCAAGAGCAACUGAUGACCCUUAUUAAACAAAACAGCAUUCGUGCCUUUACCCCAUCUAUCUGUUAUGCUUUCAACUCAGACUCUGGCUGCUCAAAAGACCAGAAAUGUCCCAUGAUGCAUUGCUGUAAAGAUUAUCUUCUUGGUAAUAAGUGUACUUUAACUUCACCUUGCAAGUAUGGCCACCAGUUGACUCUUUCUCAGCCACAGUCAGUACUCAAGAACUUUGGAUUAGAUGAGGAAUCUGUGUCUGUCAUCUUGACUAAAUUACGUGCUACGUUGAAUCCCAAACCAAAAGAUGGAGAGACAACAUCUACAGAUAUCAAUGCCGUGAAAAAAGUGGAAUGUCCUCCCACUGUAUCAACAUCAGCAAACCCAUCUCGACCCCCAAGUGCGCCUGGAAGGGGUGGAAGUGCACGUGGAAGUGCUCAUGGGCGUGGAAGUGCUCAUGGGCGUGGAAGUGCUCAUGGGCGUGGGCGUGGACGUGGAGGUGAACGAGGAAGAGGACAUGUGAAAAAAGCCAGCUCAAUUCCAAACCUGAUGAGUUUAUUCCCAACUGAAGAGACAAUAACCAAGAAAAAUCCGGAAAAAUUUAAAACUGAGACAUCAGCCAAGGAAGCUCCAGACAACGUGAAAACAGAGACAACAACCAAUAAAGCUCCAGACAUAGUUAAAACAGAAAUCUGCAUAAACAAUAUUAUGGGAAGCUGCUCUGAUGUCAAAAGUUGCUCAGGAUAUCAUUUCAAUAUGCCUUACAUGUGGCAGAAAAGAAAUCCUGGUAAGGAAAUCUGGGAAUGCUUCUCAGACGAAUGGAAUAGUGUACUUGAAGAGAAGUACUGUAAUGCACAGAAUGAAAAGUGUGAAAUCAGUCUUGAUGGGUCAUCUAAAAAUUUGAUGGACUUUACCAAGAUGCUGCUUGUUAACUUAGCUCAGAAGAAGGUGCUAACAGUACGGCGUUUGUCCACAAAAGCAGCUGUGAAUGUCAGUUCCAAACUUGGAACUGACUGGUUAUGGUAUUGGAAUGACAAUGAGAAUUGGCAUCAAUAUGGACAGCAGGGAGGUAUUGGUUCAGCUACCAUACGAAGCAAUGAUAUUGAGAGAUCUUACCAAGCGUUUCUUAAAAAAGACUCCACAGUGGAACCAACUCUGCAGUUCUCUGUUGGUCUGGAAAAUGAGUAUGUCAUCAACUUUAAUCAAAUGAUACAAACCAAUCAGAAUACUUCAAAAAAGAGACCAAUCAGAAGACGACCAAAAUAUGUCUCAUCAGACGAUGUGAAGACAAUCAAAGAUGAAAAGAAAGCAGGAAAAAAGAAGGAAAAGAAAAAGAAACAAAGCGGUAUCCCGGAUAUAACAUCUGAGACCAUUCCUAAACACUGGGACAGCUCUGCGGUUGACAAAGGAGAGUACAGCAUAGUGAUGCUUAGUGAGAGUGGCAAUACUAAGGCUGAGCAUCAAGAAGUCGCUUCCCUGUUUCACAAAACCAUGCCGGAUGAUCUAAUUGUGUCAAUUGAAAGGGUCCAAGCAAUCAAUCACUGGAAAUUUUUAUAUGGACGAUACCAAACAAUGUGUGGUAAGGCUACAGAUGGUGAUGUUAAUGUUUACCAUCUAUUCCAUGGAACAGAAGAACGAUAUCUUGAUGUCAUCUGUCGUCAAAACUUUGACUGGAGGUUGAGUGGUUCAAGAGUGGGUACUCUAUUUGGUAAAGGCAGUUACUUCUCUAAAACUGCCAAGUAUUCUGACAGCUACACUGAAAAAAAAGAUAUGUACCGUAAAAUGUUUCUGGCUAGAUGUUUGGUUGGGGAGUAUGCCCAGGGAAAGCCAGAGCUGGUCAGACCCCCUCCAAAAAACCCAAACGACCCCUUAGGUGAACUUUAUGAUACCUGUGUCAAUAAUAUGAAAGAUCCAAAUAUUUUUGUGAUAUUUGAUAUUACUCAGAUUUAUCCCGAGUAUAUUAUAACAUAUAUGAAACAAGAAGAUUUAGGAUAA